UUGUGAACAUCAAACACACAAUAAUAAAAAUCCUGAGUAAAAACAAAAUGCAAGUUUCAAAUUAUGUUUUCAAGUAUUGAAAAAGAAAUAAACAUUAUCCUGUGUGUAAAAGGUUAUUUUCCUUCCAAACCCAAAAGCUGGAUUUUCUUCAUUUCCUGGGUGGCAGCUGCUCCUGUCUUGGGUGGUGUAAAGUUUUUGGGCCAUUCUUCUCUAAACAUUUGUUAUGAUGUGGCUGCAUUGAAAGGGAUUUAGCAAGAUUUUAACUCAGAAUUUGACAAUACCACUCUAAAUUCUUUUUUAUAUUUAAUAUUUAGACUUCAAAAGUUGUGUUGUUAUGACAGUAAAGAAAAUCAUACUUUGUGAACUUGGAUUUUUGUCCUGUUGCAUAAUUGGAGUGUAUUUAUGUAUAAGGUCACAGACUGAUUGCUGGACAUUCUCCUUCAUGAUGUCCUUAAAUUACCAUUACAUACUGGUAGUUGUAGUUUCCAUUAAGAGUUUGCUUAUUCUCAGUCAGAGUGACUCAUAUGAUGAUGAGUUUUAUUAUUCAUGUUCUUGUUGACUUCCUGUUGUGAGUGGAGGUGUAUACAGUUGGAUGCAAUUGCUAAUAAAAUUUCAUAGGUCGCUCUGGAGAGCACUGCACUCAAACCAAUUGUAACUGAAGGCUGUGUUGUUUUUCCUCCGUCACUUACCAACAUUUCCAGCCGUUUAAAGAGGGCAGCAUUACAGUAAACGCCUGCACUCCCACUAUCGUCUGAUUGUAACUCCACUUUUUUCUUUCCUUACAUGUAUAGACAAGUUCUUCUUCUUACAUGUAGAGGCAACAGUUUUCCUGGAGAUCGUGCUUUGUUGGCAGUCUGUUCCACGGCUUGGAAAAGUAUUCACACGACUUGAACUUUUCCAUAUUUUCUCACAUUACAACAAAGACUAACACAAGGUAGUAUACAAUUGUGAAGCAGAAAGAAAAUGAUAAAUGAUUCAAAACAUUUUUACUAAUAAAAAAAACUGAAAAGUGCAGCGUUCAGAUGUAUUCAGCCCACUUUUCUAUGAGUGCAAAUAAUUGCCUUCAGAAGUGUCCUGAUAGCUGCUAGUCUGAAUAGAGUCCACUUGUGUGUAGUCUAGUCUCAGUACAAACACAGCUACUCUGUGACGGCUUCAGAGGUUGGUGAAGAGAAUAUUGGGGAGCAAACGGCAUGAUGAAGUCCAAGGAACACACCAGAUAGGUCAGAUAAAAAGUUGUGGAGAAGUUUAAAACAGGCUUAGGUUAUAAAAGAUUUCUCAUGCUCUGAUGGACAGAGUACGGCACACCUGUAAUCCUACCAAGAGACUGUCCACCUAAACUUACAGGCCAAACAAGGAGAGCACUGAUACAUACAGAGAUUCACAUGACAACUAUUAGUCAUUCACUGCACAAAUGUGUCUUUAUGGGAGAGAGGCAAGAAGUAAGACAUUGAAAGGAAAAUCAAUAAAUUUCUUGUUAGAUUAUUAUAUUUCUGUUGUAGGUCAGAUCUCUGAUAUAUCACACUGCUUACUAGAAAAUCAGUGGAAUUUGCCUGUAAUGCUCAGUAACCAGACUAAUUACUUUUAGGAGCUGUUAAUAGAUUUCUCUGAUUUUUAUCUUUUCAAAAGACAGAUAAAUACGGUGGGGCGUGCCGUGGUGUCGUAGGGGUUAGCGCGUCCCACGUUUGGAGACCAUGAGUCCUCGACAAGGCCGUCGCGGGUUUGAUUCCCGGACCCGGCGAGAUUUGCCACAUGUAUUCCCCCCUCUACUUCCCCCUUUCCUGUCAGCUUACUUUCAUAUAAGGGACACUAGAGCCCAUAAAAACCCCCUGGAGGGGAGAAAAAAAAACGCUCAAUACGGUUUUGCAAAAGAGGUUUUAAUGUACAUCAUGUGACACUGAAACACAUUAUUGAACUUUUCACUUAUACUUGGAUUUUUAAGCUGUAAUUUUUAAUGCAGGGAAAAUUGAUGUCAAAAAUUCUGAUUGUUUUUUAAGACAUCUGAAAAUGACUUAUCAUUCAUUGAUUUUUUUUUGUCUUUCUUUUAUGUGUCAGCAGUUACCUGGAAGCAGCAUGACCUGUUAAAAGUUUGGGCCUUUUAUGUGUCAGCUGUUAUCUGGAAGCAGCAUGAUCUGUUAAAAGUUUGGGCUGGAAGCUAUACUUAAGUUGUGAAACCAGACUUAUCUUCUCGGAAUCAAAGUUAACGCCCUCUUAGAGUUCAGGUAUUUUCUGCACUAUUAUGUGGCUUUUAACAGAAAGGUUGUUGGGCUUAUCUGCGGCUUCACUGAUGUUCAAGGAGGAAGAUAUCUAGGUUGUUUUCUUACUGUCUAUCCUUAUUUUGUGAGCGGAGCCUCAGAAGGGAAGGACAGACGGGACUUGUUUCUGGAAGAAAAAAUGACUACAACCAACAUUACUAAACUGGAUUUAAAAUCUGCAGAUACAUUCCUGACUGCUCUUUACAUCUUAGUUUUUGUUGUUGGAUUGGUCCUGAAUUUAUGUGGAAUGAAGUGUUUGGUGCACAACUGGAAGAAACUUAGGAUUAUUAACAUCCUUGUUCUUAACCUUGGAGUAGCAGACAUGUUGUAUCUGCUAACUCACCCCUUUCUGAUUGUGUACUACAUUAAUAAGAAUGAAUGGACCUUUGGCGACGGAUUGUGCAAGGUAACAAGAUUCUGCUUCAACUUGAAUUUAUACGGCAGCAUUGGAUUCCUCACAUGUAUCAGUGUGUACCGGUACCUGGUCAUCGUCCAUCCAUUGAGAGUAAUGGGGAGAUUAACUAUGACUCAGUCUGUGGUCAUCUCUGUUGUGAUGUGGGUUCUGGCGAGUGUCAUAAGUUUUCCAGACAUGUCAUUCCCCAAAGAUUCAAUGAACUCUGGAGCGUGUUAUGACACAACUGAUUCGGAAAAUAUUGAGGAAUACCUGAUCUACAGCCUCUGCUGGACGUUCAUCGGAUUCUGCAUCCCUUUCAUCGUCAUUGUGUGCUGCUAUGGACAUGUGAUUCUUGUUGUCUGCCGCUCAAAUAUGAUGAAUGUAAACCAGAAACAACAAAUCUUAAAGCUGUUGGUUUUUUUGAUUCUUAUGUUCUUGUUUUGUUAUGCACCCUUCCAUGUUUCCAAGAACCUCAAUCUGUAUUCCAGAGUUCUGACUAAGCUGGGCAAACGUCCCACGUGGAAUAAUGUGGUCUUUAAAGCGCGUCAUGUAAGUUUUGGUCUUGUGAGCCUGAAUAGUGCUGUUAACCCACUGGUUUAUCUGUGUGUUUCUGAGGAUGUGGGUGCUCAGUGCAGGCAGCUGCUGCAGCAGAUGUUCAGUUGUUGUUUCAAGCUGAAAUCCAGAUCUGAGCCAGUACCACAGACUGAGAAAGAAGCUUUAAGUGCUUUGUGAUAUGUUUCUCUUUAACUUGACCAUGUCAUGAGUGAAAUUUUUGGUUCGUUCUAUAUGCUUUUAUUUUGUUAACUUGUUUACUUUCAGAGAUUCUAGAAAAUUAACAAUUAAAUAAGAAAUUAAGCGAAACUAUUCUCCCUUGCAAGUGAGUUUCACCUGAGAGGACAGAGGUUGAACCUACUUGUUUAGGAGUCAAAAUUAAAAUGAAUAAAACCAGCUGUGCAUUAGAUAAUGAAUUAUCUGAACAAAGUACUGCCUACUGUUCACCUAUUGGUAUAUAUUGUUUGUAGCUAACAGAUGGGGAAAGCAUUUGCUGCACAACUUUCUACUUAUUUACAGAUAGUCUGUGUAUUGCCAAAAUAGGACACAGUUUUAUCAUGAGUGCAACUUCAAAGAUGAAAAAAAAGUUCAUUUUUAAAAAUAUAAUAAGGCAGUUGUAACAAAAACACUACUAGUAUUGAAUUUGUCUUGUUUAAAGUGUAUUCAUUUAGCGUUAGCAUUAUCUACAGUUAAAUGUGAUUAAAUAAGGAUGUCAGCUGCAUAAGGCAUUAACAAAUACAAACAUGUUCUUCAGUAUUAAACACUUAUUUGUGGGAAACAUUAUAGUCGAUAGUUAAGAUGUUACUUUAACCUACUAUAAAUCUACAUUAAAACCCACCUGUUUAAAGUUGCUUUUGAAACAUUACAAAUGAAACAUUAAUUAACAUUCUGAUGUUUAAUGGCACUUGACAAGAUGUAAUGACUCAAUUAUUGACUGUGUUCUAUGUCUUUAUAUUGUUGUGUUUUUAUCAUGUAAAUCACUUUAAACCUCCUUGUUGCUAAAAUGUGCUGUAAAUAAACUUGAUUGAACUUGA